GUUUCCAUUGCGAAGGAUGAUGCCCAGAAAGAGAGUAAAAAUAAGGCAGAAGAUGCAAAGUCUGUUCAUUUUGAGUCCAGCUCAUCAGAGUCCUCGGUACUAUCAAGUAGUAGUCCAGAGAGUACACUGGUGAAGCCAGGGCCUAAUGGAGUAACAAUCCCUGGUAUCUCUUCAGAUGUGCCAGAUAGUGCGCACAAAACUCCUUCUUCAGAAGCCAAGUCAGAAACUGGGCAACCUACCAUGGUUGGACAUUUUCAGGUGCCAGCAACAGCAAACAAAGUGGGACGAUUCUCCGUAUCAAGAACUGAAGAAAAGAUCACUGAGGCAAAGAAAGAGGGACCAGAGACAUCUCCUUUUAGGGAUUCAGAACAAGCUGUUCCUGCCGUGAUACCAAAGAAAGAAAAGCCUGAACUCUCAGAGCCUUCACAUCUAAACGGACCAUCUUCUGACCUGGAGGCUGCCUUUCUAGGGAGGGAUGUGGAUGAUGGUUCAGGCAGUCCACACUCUCCCCAACAGCUGUGCUCAAAAAGCCUUCCCCUCCAGACUCUGAGUCAGAGCCUUAGCAAUUCAUUCAACUCCUCAUACAUGAGCAGUGACAAUGAGUCAGACAUUGAAGAUGAAGACCUAAAGUUAGAGCUGCGACGCCUACGAGAAAAGCAUCUUAAAGAGAUUCAGGAUCUUCAGAGUCGCCAAAAGCAUGAAAUUGAAUCUUUGUAUACAAAACUGGGCAAGGUUCCCCCUGCUGUUAUUAUUCCCCCAGCUGCACCCCUUUCAGGGAGAAGACGGCGGCCCACUAAGAGCAAAAGCAGCAAAUCUAGUCGCAGCAGUUUGUUGGGGAACAAAAGCCCACAGCUUUCAGGUAACCUGUCUAGUCAGAGUACAGCUUCGGUCUUGCACACCCAGCAGACCCUCCACCCUCCUGGCAACAUCCCAGACACAGGGCAAAACCAGCUGUUGCAGCCUCUUAAGCCAUCUCCUUCCAGUGACAACCUCUACUCAGCCUUCACUAGUGAUGGUGCCAUUUCAGUACCAAGCCUUUCGGCUCCAGGUCAAGGCUGUGCGAAGUUUAACUGUGCAUCUGAGCAGGUGACAUUCAAGCCUGGUGGCAGGAGGACCCGAUUUCUGAGGAAGAUGGUGAAAAAAGUCUGUCCUUGCAACCAGCUCUGUAGUAAUUAUCUUUUCUUUCUGUUACUUUUGGUCCUUGAUCGCAAAGCCUGUUAUCCAUGCUUUCUUUGAACUAUGAAGCCUCAU